UUACGUACACACUACUGGUCGCGUUUCACGCCUCGGCGAAAUCCCGCCGUCGUAACUUCUAAGACUGUUUGUAUUGACGGUCGGGAUCUGUCUGGCGAGCAGUAAACUUUCCGACUGAAAGAGAGAAUUGAAACAAAGAUGAGAGGCGACGGUGAUGGGAUCUUGGGCGGAGGAAAGAGAUCAGAAAGCAGCCUCAAAGUUAGACAAAAAUGGCUCAAGAGGAAAGAAAAGUGGCUGGUGGUUCUCGGGGUGGUCUUGCACGCAGUGUACAUGCUUAGCAUCUUCGACAUUUAUUUCAAGACCCCAAUUGUUCACGGCAUGGAACCCGUCACUCCUCGCUUCACUUCUCCGGCGAAGCGCCUUGUUCUUUUAGUUGCGGAUGGCCUGAGGGCAGACAAGUUUUUCGAGCCUGGUUCAGAUGGCAAUUAUCGGGCGCCGUUUUUGAGGAGUGUGAUUAAAGAACGAGGUCGGUGGGGAGUUUCCCAUGCUCGUCCUCCUACAGAAUCUAGGCCUGGGCAUGUGGCUAUUAUUGCUGGCUUUUAUGAGGAUCCAAGCGCUGUCACCAAAGGGUGGAAAGCAAAUCCAGUUGAAUUUGAUUCAGUAUUUAAUCGCAGCCGUCACACAAUUUCAUAUGGCAGCCCUGAUAUUGUUCCCAUAUUCUGUGGUGCUCUGCCGCAUAGCACGUGGAAUACAUAUCCUCAUGAAUAUGAAGAUUUUGCCACUGAUGCAUCUUUUCUGGAUGAGUGGUCAUUUGAUCAAUUGGCGAGCCUUUUGAAUAGGUCAAAUGAAGAUCCAAAGUUGAAGCAGCUACUUCUACAGGACCAUCUUGUCAUAUUUCUUCACCUUCUUGGUUGUGAUUCCAACGGUCAUGCUCAUCGGCCCUAUUCAUCAAUUUAUCUCAAUAAUGUUAAGGUUGUUGAUCAUAUUGCUGAAAGAGUUUACAAUCUCAUUCAGAGUUACUUCAAGGAUGACUUGACAGCCUACAUAUUCACAGCUGAUCAUGGAAUGAGUGACAAAGGAAGUCAUGGAGAUGGGCAUCCUUCAAAUACUGAUACGCCUCUUGUUGCUUGGGGGGCUGGUGUUAGACAUCCCGCGCAUAAUUUAUCUAGUGAUCAGUUGGAGGGUGCUGUUCAAUUUGUUGAUGAACACAAACACAACAUGCCAACACCUAGAGAGUGGGGUCUUGAAGGCAUUGAGAGGGUGGAUGUUAAUCAAGCUGAUAUUGCUCCACUGAUGUCAACUCUUCUUGGUUUGCCAUGUCCUGUUAACUCAGUUGGAAACUUGCCUCUUGGUUAUAUCGAUUUUAAUAAGGUGGACAAGGUUGAAGCUGUAUUAGCCAAUACAAAGCAGAUUCUCAAUCAGUUUCUUCGCAAAUCACAAUUGAAGCAGUCAAAUUCUCUAAAUUUCAAGCCUUUUGAACCAUUGAAAAACUACAACUUGGUAUUGGAACGUAUUGAACAUUUAAUAUCCAUCAGAGAUUAUGAAGCUGCAAGGAAGCUAUCUGAGCAUUUACGAAGAUUGGCGCUUGAAGGACUGCAUUAUUUUCAGACUUAUGAUUGGUUUAGGCUGAUGACAAUUAUUACUUUUGGUUACAUUGGCUGGAUGAUCUAUGUUCUGCUUCAUGUCUUGCAAUCUUAUACAUCAUUGCCUGAAAAAUUGGUGGAAAAGAAGCAAAUGGUUCAUCUGAGAAAGAAUACUGGGAAGGUAUACUUUAUAGCAUGUCUGUUUUCAUGCCUAGUGUGCUCUCUACUGUUGCUGGAGCAUUCUCCUCCUCUGUAUCAUGCGUAUGCUGCGAUGACAAUAUUUCUUUGGACACAAAUAUUUAGUGAAUAUGAGUUUCUACUAUUUUUAUGGAGGGAUCUACAGAGGAGAGAAUCUCGCUACUUCAUUAAACUCAUAGCAACCUGUAUUGUCUCAAUACUCAUCCUUGAGAUGCUGGUCAAAAGUUUCACAGAUAGGAAAUUGUACACCUGGUGUUUCUGGACUGUUGGGGUUGCUGCUCCUAUUUAUCUUGUCCGCUCAAUACCAUGGAAAUCUAGGGUGCCAAUUAUAGUUCUGCUGACAUGCUGGUUCUUGUCCAUUUUCACUUUGAUGCCUGCUGAAAUUCCAGAGAACACUUGGCUAGUCGUCACUAGUGGAGUUGUCACCAUGAUGAUUGGAGGAGUUGCUAGGCAUCUGGAUCUUCAUUCCGAAGAUGAUAAAUAUUGGCUUAGUCUUCGUACUAAUGACACAAGCAGACCUAAGUUCCCUAUGCUCUUUCACUUGCAGAUUACUUUGGUCGGCUUAUCGUCCGUGAUGGUGGUCUUGUCAACUUCUCGCAGAACCAAAAAGCAUGAAUUGCUUGCUGUUCAUCAACUAAUAAACUGGUCAAUUGCUGUGUGUUCGAUGGUCCUUCCACUAUUUUCAGCUACUGGUGUCUUGUCACGUUUAACUUCCAUAUUUCUUGGGUUUGCCCCAGCAUUUUUACUUCUUUCUAUUGGAUAUGAAGCUCUCUUCUAUUGUGCUUUGGCACUUGCGCUAAUGGCGUGGAUGCUUUUUGAGAAUGCGCAUCGCUAUUUAAGUAAGGCAAGCUUAUUUUCGGCAUCUGUUAAAGCUAUGCAGAACAGCAUUCUAAAACACGAUGAGAGAUGCCUACAGCUUUCAGAUAUGAGAAUUGCUUUGACGUUUAUGGUUUUCUUCAAUAUCGCAUUCUUUGGAACUGGCAAUUUUGCAAGUAUUGCAAGCUUCGAGAUUUCUUCUGUCUAUCGUUUUAUCACAAUUUUCAGCCCAUUUCUGAUGGCAGCUCUCCUUAUUUUCAAACUAUUGAUUCCAUUCAUGCUUGUCAUAUGCGCAUUCAGUUCAUUAACCAAAGUAAUCAGAGUUCCACUUUUGGGGUGCUAUUUUCUUGUUAUAUUGUGUUCAGACGUGAUGACAAUCCAUUUCUUUUUCCUGGUCCGAAAUACUGGGAGUUGGAUGGAAAUUGGUAACAGCAUUAGCCAUUUUGGAAUAAUGAGCGCACAAGUUGUGUUUGUCCUCGUGCUUUUUGCUCUCACAAACGUAUACACGAAAGACAUCCAAACUAGCUCAGCUCAGCGCUUGUCUCGGAAAGCCAUGUGAUUCAUUUUGAUCUUGAGUUUUUUGGGUUUGUUCCAGAGUAAUGUACUCAUUUCAUUUCUCAGCUUUCUGAUUAAUCGUUCAAUUCAUUGUAACACGAGGCUUACAUAGGAUGGUAGUACUACUUGUGGUUGAGGCCACUCUCAUUCGAUUUACUCUCUUUUUACCCUUCGCUGGAGCGUCCC